AUAAAUGUCAGAACGUUGCUUUCGUUUUCGAGGGUUUGUUGAGAGAAAAUGAAAGUCAGAGAAAGUCACAUAACCCCCAUUUCUCUCUCUAUCCUUAAAUUUUCCGUUGAAGCUUUUACUUACCCCCAUUGCUUUGCUUUCACAUAAAAAUUCAGCCUUUUUCUUUCCCCUAAUUUUUCAAUCCAGUUUCAUACAUAAUGAUCAAGAAACUCCACAUGCUCCAAUCAGUUAUAGUUUCAACGAUUCGCGCCUCGAUUCUGUGUCAAGAUUUUUCCUGUCGGCUAAUUUAUCGGUGUAUACUUGGUUUUUGAGGUUUCUAGGUCGUUCCUCUUGGUUUAUUUCAUUUUCUUUUUUGGGGAAAAGAGCUCGGCAGUUGGAGUGAAGUUACAGUAAGCGAGUGAGCGAAUUAGGUGGAGAUAUGUAUAUCGAGGAACUGAAAGAAGAAGAAGUGAUGUUGAAAAGCAGAGAGGAUAAAUUGCAAGCUGAUGCAGAUGGUUCUUGCAGUAGCGGUGCGAUUUUGGAUGCCAAACGGGUUUUGGUAGGAGCAGGGGCUCGCGCUCUGUUUUACCCCACCCUGUUGUACAAUGUUCUAAGAAACAAGAUUCAGUCAGAGUUUCGAUGGUGGGAUAGAGUUGAUGAGUUCAUAUUGUUAGGUGCUGUUCCCUUUCCUACUGAUGUGCCCCGCUUGAAGGAACUUGGCGUUUCUGGAGUGGUUACUUUAAAUGAACCAUAUGAGACUUUGGUACCAACAUCUCUAUAUCAUGCUCAUGAUAUUGUACAUUUGGUCAUUCCAACUAGAGACUAUAUGUUUGCUCCUGCAUUUGCUGAUAUAUGCCAGGCUGUAGAUUUCAUUCACGACAACGCCUCACUUGGGAAGAAAACAUAUGUUCAUUGUAAGGCUGGUAGGGGGCGAAGCACGACCAUUGUUCUCUGUUACCUUGUGCAACACAGGGACAUGACACCUGAGGCUGCAUAUGAGUACGUGAGAUCUGUUAGGCCAAGGGUGCUUUUGGCCUCUUCCCAGUGGCAUGCUGUUCAAGAUUACUAUCUUCUCAAGGUGAGGGAAACUUGCAACCCUAGGUUUAUGACAGCAAGGAAAGCUUUGGAUUGUCUUACCAAAGAGCAUGCCAAGCAGAAUAUAGAAGAUCAUGAUGAUGACGACACAUUUGUGAUGGUAAUGGAAUCAGAUCUUGAUGGGUAUGAUUUUGAAUGUGAAUUAGGUAUCGUGGAUAACAAGAUGUUGGGAGAACUUAGCCCGGUUUGCAGGGUUCACUUUGCUGGGCAGGCAGCUAUUUCCAGACUUUCAUGUUUGUGGCUUGGAUGCCAUGCAAACCGGAAACCAUCAGAAAAGCCUGGAAGCUCUGUUGGGGAUGAUCGAUUGAGAAGUCUAACUGUCGAUAUCCAAGUUUAUUGAAAUGUCAAAGUCUACUUGAGGUUUUAUAUAUUUUUGGUUCUUCUUUUUCCUUCCUCCCUCUUUUUUUUUGUUUGUGGUUGGGCAGUGGGGGAUGGUUCAACACGAGGAAACGUCAAUAAAUACUCUGCUCUUUCUUCUUCUUCUUC